GAAAAUAUUACUACUAUUACCAGCCAUAAUGGCACUCGCCCUCUGUGAAGAGAGUUGAAAUGUAUUCGUCUGUGGAGAAAUAGAACAAGAUGCGAAGGCACAAACCCCAGCUUGUAUGGAGAGACAAGGAAAGGGUAGUAUUUUAUGGCAUGCCCAGAAAUGAUAUAGGAAUGAGCUUAUUUGCCAGUCCUUUAAUUGGACGAGUCCUGGUGCUGCCUCAGAAUCAAGCCUUUGCUCUGAUUGGCUCCCUAUUUUGCCUUGGCAAGGAGAGUUUAGGGAUAGAUUCAAUCUUUCAAUAGAUGGUGAUAUAUGCAAUCAAGACUCUAAUUGAUAUAGUACUGAGAGGAAUAAAGCAACCUGUGCUAAGGAAGGAGCAUGCGAGAAAGGAGCUUGUUGUAAAGCAUCUACUGCAGAAGGAGAUGAUUGAUUCGAUGACCUAGAUUGCCCAAGGAAUUUAUAUUGUAAAGAACAAAAAUGUACAAAUCAGGGUAAUGAAGGUGAUGCAUGCGCAAAUGAGAAUGAAUGCAGGUUUGGACGUAGUUGUGCAAAGCAAGGAGAUGAAGAUUUUAAAUGCGUUAAGCACUAUACUCUUCAAAAUGGAGACCAAUUCACAGUUCCAGAGACCUCUCUAAAACCAGACGGCAACCCACUGACCGAUAUCCACGUAUGAUCAACCAGAAACCACUUCAAGAUCGGCGAAAUCUUCCAAUGCAGGCAAGCUUCCAAACGGAUCGACCAGGACCUACGCAUCAUCGUGCCUAAAAAUAACUGCAAUAUCACCGCUUAUGUCAGCCCUGACGUGACCAAGUUCGACGAAGAGUCAAUCUCGCAUGGUACUGCAGGCUGUGGCUUCAACAGGAAUGAUAGUAGCUUUUGACCAGUUGAGAUAGGUGAUGAUUUUAUGGUAAACUCUCUAACUCCUUUUGAAGGACCAGUCACAGAUUCUGAUUGUCACAAAUCUUCUAAACUAAAUGCUGAGCUUGGUUCUCUUUGUCUCGACUAUAACCUAACUAUCCACGCACAGGGAGAUAUUGGCCUGAAUUAUACUAGAGCAAGACAGAUUUUCAGAGAUCCUCAAGUUUCUAUCAAUGUAGCUGAUAAUGAUAGAUGUGUCGCAGAAAGUAUUACCACUGCUUAUUGGAACCACCAAUUUGGAAAAGCUAGCCAGAUCAUGAUCUGGGCCAUCGGUGCUGCAGUUGUCGGUAUUUUAGGCUAA